GCGGAGCCGAUCUUAAACCCUUGGCUAGCGAAGAUGAAGAUUGUCCAGUCUUGCCAGUUUUAUAUAAUUUUCUUUAUUACAAAUAGGACUUAUAACUGAAGAAAGAAAGCUGGGCAACUUUGUGCUCGAUAUAAACAAAGGCUUUAAAAACCGGUCAUUCGAUGAAUAUCAAUAGAGAUUUAACCAAAAACACACACACCCUAUUUCAAAAGGCGGCAUAGCUUUUAAUGCUAACGAACGAUUCAGUGAAAUAGAAUGCCAAAACUUAAAGUUGAGGUAUCAAUGAACAUCUUGGUGCAUUGUAAAUUGCAUAAUUCGAACUUUGAUGUUUUACUAAAUCAUCGAGGGCCGUAUGUCACAACUAAAGUGGGGAUGUCCUUUCGAUAUUGCAAAUGCAUAAUAAAGUUGAAAUUUAAACUUUAAUUCAUGAAUGUUUUAAACAACCUUUGUAGUUUGUGAAAAAUGCUGCGGUUUCUCCAGAUUUCGAUUCAUAAUUGAAAAAAUAUUGCAUUGCAUGUUGAAUAUUCCAAGGUAAUUUGACUGUAUUUCAUCAGGAUCGCAGCAUUUUUCAAAUAGCUUCAUAUUUCGUUUGUUCACUUUAAAAAAUCCAUCGUGAUGCAUUGGAGAUAUGUAUGUUCUUGCAAUAAAUUGAUGUAUAAGACCAACCCAUCUGCCCACUUAUCAAUAAGUAAAGCAAUGGUGUUUUAUACGGGAUCAAUAGAGAAUAUUUCAGUGAAUUCAUAUAAUAAGCAUUGCUGUAAAAUAGAUAGCCUUAUAGAUAUGUGCAAACAUUUUUUUCAUUUAAUUGUAAAACUUUUUUUUUUAUCAAGCAAAAAACCCAGUUGAUCCGCAACUUAGUGCAGAUGAAAUGCGCCAGAAGAUCAUGAUGACAAGUGAAUCACGAUCAAUUUAGUGCUUAUGUCUCAAGGUGUCAGAUUACAAACUAACAACUCAAUUCUAUGACAAACGUUACAAUUGUGAAAUCCAAAAAGUGAUCAGUUUACUUCAGUGUGCCGAUCUUUGUAGUCAAAAUGCUGGUGUGACAUUUUUCCAUCAUCCCAUCGAAAUGAUGUGUCGUUGGAACUGCGUGACCGUUAAUGUGGUGGGCAGUCAAGAAAACGGCUGGAGACACUAUGAGUUAUACUGGAAAAGAAACGCUGCUCUCUCUAAGCCCUCCAACUCGUCUUCAGUUUGGCCUUGGGAUUCUCACUUCUACCACGCCAGUUAUGCCGUAGACGGGCGACUCGUACAUGGAAUUAGCGCUCAUCAGUGUUUCCUUUCGAACAACGAAUCAUCUCCCUGGUUUCAAGUUGACCUGUAUGGAGACUAUCUGAUUUCGUUUCUUCGGUUAUUCUACCGGAUGGACAUGAAUGGAAAUGAGUUCCAUGAUAUAUCCGUGCAGGUUUCCCAGAUGGGGUCGAUUUUUCAAGUCUGCGGAUUUUUCAAAGGACCUGGAAUAUCGAAACAGGUGGUGGAUGUUUUAUGUAAAGCUAGUGGCUACACUAGGUUCGUGAGACUGCAGAUCACUGCCGGGUCGCACAAUACAUUACUGCUGUGUGAAGUUGAAGUUUAUACUUUAAACUGAAUAUAAAAUGUGGUGUGUAUUUCAGGUCUGUGAUAUAUAUAUUAAUCAUAUGAUGAAGGUAAUUAAAGCAGCGCUAGUCGUU